UCACCGUGUCACGAUCAGGCCACAAGCCACAGCGAACCACAGAGACUCUCACAGAUGAUGGUUGAUUUGGAUCAAGCGGCGUCGCCGAGCCUAACCCACGAUAUCGUCAAAUGGAUAUCACAAGAGUAUCACGAUAUGAAUGGUUCGUUAAUUCAAACCCUCGAAAGCCCUCCUACAGCAGCGGAGUUUGCACAAUUAGUCCACAUAUCUAGGCCUGUUGUCAUCAAAGGUUUCCAAAUCCCAGCCUUGAAACGAUGGACCGAUGAUUACUUGCAGAGAAAGCUGCAAGAUCAACCUGUAUCAGUGGCAAUCACACCCAACGGGCAAGCAGAUGCUAUUGCCGCUGGCCCAGGAGGUAGCCUCUUUUUCGUGGAGCCGUUUAUCGAGAAAGUUCCCAUGGCGAAACUCCUUGAACAACUUAGCGCAGAACCGGAUAACAAUAACACCUCCGCUUCUUAUCUCCAAUCACAAAACGGAAAUUUAUAUUCCAGCCGUUUCUUUGAAUCGCCAAACGAUGAUCCAUCAGAAUUUGGUGCCCUCAGGGAAGAUGUUCCAAGUAACAUCCCAUGGGUCACUGAAGCACUAGGCAGAAACCCUGAUGCUGUCAACCUUUGGAUUGGGAACAAUAAAAGCAUAACGAGUAUACAUAGCGAUCCGUACGAGAAUAUAUACACUGUGAUACGUGGAAGGAAACACUUCACGCUCCUCCCACCCUGUGAAGGGUGGUGUCUUCAAGAACGGAUGUAUCCUCACGCAGUAUACGGCCGUACCGAUAAUAGUAACGGUCUGAGUGUUAUUCCCUCUUCAGAUACCCCUCAAAUUCGCUGGUCUUCUGUCAUCAACCCGGACAUUCCUGGGUCACUGCCUCCAGAAGCUCACCCACUGCAUGUCACAGUCGAAGCAGGGGAUACGCUGUACCUGCCAGUUGGCUGGUGGCACUACGUACAGCAAUCUGGACCAAUUACUAUUGCCCUUAAUUGGUGGUAUGAUGCCGAAGUACGAGGGAUGAAUUGGAUUUGGCUGAACUUACUCAGGGGCAGUGGUGAUGUGCCAUCAGGAAAUGAUGAAACCGAUACUCGGUGAUGUGACCGAUUGGUGGUGGAGUAACGCACGCACAACAAGUAGCUAGGGAACGUUUCAUUGGUACCAAUCAACGCCCAGGAUUUGCCUCA